AGGGUGUUUGGGAUGCCUCGCUCCACUGUUCACCGCAUCGUUCAUCGAGUUACUGAGGAGGUGGUGGCCAUUCGCCACAGGGUCAUCUACCUCCCCAAGACCGCUGACGACCUGGCGGCAGUAACUCAGGGGUUUGCAGGGCUGGCAAGACACAGAGCUUUUCUAAAAGCUGCUGGAGCAAUCGACGGCUGCCAUGUCAGGAUCAAGCCACCAAGCGGCCCUGAUGGUCAAUGCUAUAGGAAUCGCAAACUGUUUGCGUCUAUUAUCCUGCAAGCAGUUUCUGACCAUCAGGGCCGCUUCAUCGACACGUACGUGGGCUGGCCGGGGUCGGUGCACGACUCCAGGGUACUCCGGCACAGCCCACUGUACAGGCGGGCCAUCUACCCUCCUCCAGGGUACUUCAUCUUGGCAGACGGUGGGUACCCAUGCCUCCAACAUCCACUCCCCCUCAUCACUCCCUACAAGCGGCCGGUACAAGGUGUGGGAGCCCAGCGCUUCAACAGCCAUCAUUCCAGGGCACGCUCCAUCAUAGAGCGUGCCUUUGGGAUGAUGAAGACGAGGUUUAGGGCCAUCUUCCUCCAAGCGCUGGAGGUGCACCACACCUUUGUGCCUCAGGUCAUAACAGCAUGUGCCGUCCUGCACAACAUCUGCCUGGGUGCUGGUGACAUCAUGGCCCCAGAGGAUGAAGUGCAGGACGACAUGCCGGAGGAUGAGGGGGAGAACGGGUUGGAGGCAGUCAGUGGUGCUCCAUGGCGGAACCAGCUGUCUGCCGAGGUAUCUGCCCUGGAGGAGGGUGUCCUUGACCAUGAUUACCUUUAGAGGGCAAGUAAAAUAAUUUUAAAGCUAUUCCUAUUUAAAGUGUUUUGUAAAGUUUUGUUUGUUGAAGUAGUUUGUGGUGGGAUGUUUAAAAAGUUGUGCAGUAGUAUUCUGUUUGUUUUAUUCUUGCCUCUCUUUUAAACAUUUUUAGUGACAUGGCAGCCGUCGAUUGCGUCAGCCCUGCAAACCCCGUUGAUGGACGAUGUGGUGGACAGUGGAGACAUGCAUCCCCCACCCCCCACAUGAUGUCCCACUCACAGCCAGAAGACUCCAGGGUCUUUAUUGUGGCAUCCCAUCCAGUCCAGCAGCACCACCGGGGACUCCUGCUCAGCCAAUAA